AUCUCACAACAGGAACGAGUCAUGUUUACCUCGUUGGCAUAUCCUGCUUCGGGUUUCCCUAGCUAAUAAAGAUGACAUAAUUUUUACGAAUUUUUUCGCAGAAUUUGCUUUUAGGAUUAAUUGGUUGCCUCUUUGCCAGCCUGCCAGCAGAUUCUCAAAGAACAAACAUUUCUACUGAAAAGGGAAUGGCGUCGAAAAAUGAUCCAUUUCAAUUUCAAGAAUUUGAUGAAGCUGGGACUCUUCUGGAAUCUAACAGAGAUGCAGUCACCAUUAGCAUUGACGAUGAGGAUUUAAAAUCCAAGAAACAAAGAAGUGCUGUUGGUUUUGCUCAAGAUGUUGGUGAUGAAGAACCACUCAUCAAUGAGGACAGAGAAGAACUUCUGUCUGGGCAAAAGAAAAAUGCUCCUUUCUGGACAUUUGAAUACUACCAGAAAUUCUUUGACAUUGAAACCCAUCAUGUAAAGGAGAGGAUCCUUGGCUCACUGGUGCCGUGGCCUGGAAAAAACUUCAUUCAAGUUCACCUUCGUAAAAACCCAGAUCUUUAUGGACCAUUCUGGAUUUGUACUACCCUUGUGUUUGCCAUUGCUAUCAGUGGAAACCUAUCUACUUUCUUGCGAUACUUUGGCAACUCAAACUAUAAAUAUACCGCAGAGUUUGGAAAAGUGAGCAUAGCUGCCACAGCCAUCUUCAGCUAUGCGUGGCUUGUGCCCCUUGGACUCUGGGGUUUGCUGCUCUGGAGGAGCAAUAAAAUCUUGAACCUGGUGUCAUACUCGUUUAUGGAGAUUGUCUGUGUCUACGGAUAUUCACUGGCAGUUUACAUUCCAGCUGUGGUCCUGUGGAUUCCACACGUUGAGUGGCUGAGGUGGCUCUCCAUCGUAGUGGCGCUCUGCCUGUCCAGCUCAGUACUGGUGAUGACUUUCUGGCCUGCACUCAGAGACGACCACCCCAAAGUCAUCAUAGCCACAGUAGCAGGCAUUGUGCUGCUGAAUGGGCUGCUGGCUGUAGGCUGUAAGAUGUACUUCUUCAGCGAACCAAAGCUCGGCCCAGGACAUGUCAGUCCCCCUGCAGCAAAGAUCACCAAUGGAACAUCGUCAUGAAGGACCURCAUUCACUGGGUGAAGGUUCUCCAGUUGCAUUAUUAGAGAGACUCAAGUUYCUGCGUUGAUGAAGUCAUGGGUGGACUGGAUUUCACUGGCCCUUCCGGAUUAAGGCCUUAAAGGCCGACUUGUAACUUCGGUGCAGCGUCAUGACCUCUGAAAAUGAAAACUGUUCUCCAGUAUGUUACUUCUAAUGGGAUGGCUUCUAAACUUACUUAAGUUAAUUGGGGUGUAGUAUUACACAGCACACACAAUGUUAUUGUGGUGGUGAUGUCGUUUCCACUUUACAGCACUAAUGUUAAAAUGUAAAAAAAAAAAAAGGUUGGUGAUUGCAGGAUCAGUGGUAUUUCAUUGAUCUAUUUCUUUUUAUAAUUUUUAUAGUUGUUUCAUACAUACCCUCUGAAGGUAAAGGUGUUGUAUUUUCUUAAUAUCAAGUGCCCUUAACUAUUGCCAAAGCCUGGCAAGAUGUCAAAGUAAUGUUUGUAAAUAUUCUAUAAAUAAUUUGUUGUCAUUAUGGCAAAUUAUAGUAAAAUCUAUUUAAAAUCCAUGUUAAUUUGUGUGUUCAAAGUUAAUGUAGAGGCAAAAACUUUUGUGAUUUGAGUGUAGGAGUUCGCCCCGCAAUCGGCAAUCCCCACUCCACUUGCAUCUUUUCAUGCCUAUCGUUGGGCAAGACACUUCACCYGCCUUGCCAUCUGGUGGUGGUCAGAGGGCCCGGUGGCGCUGGUUCAUGGCAGCCUCGCCAUGAAAAAAAAAAAGAUAUUUCACAGCACUGUGUGUUUCUGRUUUAAUAAGACACAAAGUGCAAGAUUUGCUUGGUUUAAUCUCAAUGAAUACUUUACUCAGGUUUUUGCAGUUGGGGAAAAAACGUUCUUGCAGUAUCACAGUGUGGGGUUAUUGUCGCACUGCAUACAGGGCAAUUCUAGAGGAAAACCUGAUGGCGGUUACUGAAAACUUAAGAAUUCAAUCCACCUUCCAGUCAGGCAACAACGAUAAACAAACAACCAGUGAUACRAUUAAAAUGAUUGAAGCAUAUUAAAAAUCUUGACUCAUUCAAAUGGCCAUAUGGAAAUUGCUGUCUACAUUCACUGAACAUUCAAUUUGACAGAUGUUGGAUUGCCUGGCAAUGGUGGUAGAAGUUUGCCAUGAAACUCCUACCACUGCCUUUGUCAUUGUGUCCUUGGGCAAAACACUUCAUCUACCUUCUCUGUUGGUGGCGGUCAGAGGGGCCGAUGGCAUGAUAUAGCAGCCUCGCUUCUAUCAGACUUCCCCAGGAAGGCAGUGGCUACAGUACAGUUGCUUGCCAUCAUCAGUGUGUGAAUGGGAAUGACUUGAUCUCAUGUAAAGGGUCAUGUAAAGCUAGUGUCAUUUCAUUUUACCUUCCUACUUCAGAAUAUGCUCUACUUUGUAUGGAUACUUAAAAUCUAUUGAGGGUUAUGUGUAAUGUGACAAAAUGUAUAAAGGUUCAAUGUUAUUUUUCAAGGAACUGAAGAACAACUGAAGAGUCUCAUUAAAAUGUCAACAUUUGCAA